AUGAAGCUCCUCAACCUCCCAGCCGCUCUCCUCGCCCUCUUACCACUUAUCAACCCAGGGAUCGCACUACCAUCCAACAACUACACCGAACACCUCCACCUCCGGCCCUUACCUGGCGGCAGUCUAUACGCAGGCUUCUCCUUUACAUCUACCACGCCUCUGUCUUCAUAUGUAGCCAACAACUUCCGCUACUUUCCACGCGCGCUCGCGCAGAUCCUUCAGUAUACCCAUACCGCAGAGUUACACCUACGAUUCGCGUUAGGGAGAUGGGACGACGAAAGCUGGGGCAGUAGACCACGGGAUGGGUUGAGGGAGGGAGGAAAUGGAGUAGAGCUCUGGGCAUGGCUGGAAAACGGUGGAGAUGGAGCUAAGGUGGAGGGUGAGGAAGCACGAGCGGCUGAGGAAAGAUGGAGUGAUCUGGUCAACUCGCUCUCAGGACUCUUCUGCGCGAGUCUGAACUUUGUGGAUUCUGGGAAGACGAUUCAGCCUGUUUUGUCGUUCUCGCCCGAGGGCACAUUGGAGGCCGGACAGCAGACACGGACGAAUUUCACCGGCGAGAAGCAAGGCGAGAAGCAAGGCGAGCUACGAUUAUUGCACGGGAUGCUGCCACAUGAGGUGGUGUGUACGGAGAACUUGACGCCUUUCCUCAAACUGCUGCCAUGUAAAGGCAAGGCGGGUAUAUCGAGUCUGCUGGACGGACACAAGCUCUUCGACGCGAACUGGCAGACCAUGUCGGUGGAUGUGCUUCCUGUGUGUCAUGACGGGGAAUGUGAGCUUGAGAUUCAGCAGACGGUCGAUAUGGUGCUUGACGUUGAACGCUCCAUGCGGCCUCGCGAGUCACCAAUCCCGCGACCCUUACCAAUGGAAGAUAUUCUGUGCGAUGAGGACAAGAGCUACAGCGGGCAUGACACCUGCUACCCCAAACACUUUGACGGUGAAAUGGAAUGGAGUCUCGAGCGGAUCUUCGGACGGCCUAUACGAGGCAGCUGUCCACUUUCUACUGCCACUUCGGACGACUUCGACGUAACGCUGGAAGUUCCUGCUGAUCGAAAUAUCCAAGUACUUGCUGAAGCUGCCGUGCCUCAGCAGAGCCCUGCGAACAGCUUAAUCAGGCACUACAAACUCCCGGAAGGCAAGGACUUCGACCUCUUCCUUCCGCAACAGCCUCAGAAUCCGAGCGAGCCUCAACAACUUCCACUCGAGCAGCCGCCUUUAUACGUCAGUCGACAGAUGACUGGCUACGGUGCCGAAAGGGGCGGAAUGCACACUCUCAUCCGCAAUCCGCAUCCCUACUCGCAAAGAGUCGUCUAUCUGGAGUCCCUUCCCUGGUUCCUUAGACCUUACAUGCACACGCUGAAGGUCUCUGGAAACGGCAGGCUAAAGAACAUGUAUUACACGCCCCUCAUCGACCGCAAGCGCGGCACACAAUUGGAACUCUUGCUUGAGAUUCCCGCCGAGAGCACGGUGGAGCUGACCUACGACUUCGAGAAGGCCAUUCUACGAUACACCGAGUAUCCGCCAGACGCCAACAGAGGCUUCGACAUUCCUGCCGCAGUGGUACGAGUACUCCCAACCCAAGGCGAGGAAGGACAAGGCCAGUACCUCCGCACGACCUCGCUGCUGCUACCACUACCGACGCCAGAUUUCAGCAUGCCAUAUAACGUCAUCAUACUCACGUCGACUGUGAUUGCACUGGGGUUUGGAUCCGUCUUCAAUUUGCUGGUUAGGAGGUUUGUGCUUGCCGAUGAGGUGCCAGUCUCGCCACUUGCUGGGCUUGUGGGGAGGGUGAAGGAAAGGAUUGGAGAGCUCAAGGCUAAGCUCAAGGGUAGUGCUGAGGUAGGGGAAGGAGUAGAACGGAAGAAGGCUGCCAAUGGGGGCCCGAGGGAAGCGGUGGGGGAUGGAAGUGUUAGGAAGAAGAAGUAG